AAACCCGCGGCUUCCCGGGAAGGCAGCACCUCUCCUCUUGCAAGAGCAUGGAUCUCAAGGUGGUCUGUGCGCUCUCCGUCACCCUGGUCGUAGCCCUCAGCACCCUGACAGAGGGAGCUGCACCUCCAACAAAAUGCCAGUGUAAAGUGGUUCCCAAAGAAAGGACAAACUGUGGCUACCCGGGCAUCUCAGCAGCAGAAUGCAAGAAAAUUGGCUGCUGCUUCAACGCUUCAGUCCCCAGCGUCCCCUGGUGCUACAAUCCUAAAGCAAAGAAAGUGAAGAAAAUAUGUCCCAACGAUCCCUACACCAGGAUAAACUGUGGCUACCCUGGCAUCAAGCCCAGGGACUGCACAAGGAAGGGCUGCUGCUUCAGGGCACACCCCGCCGGUGUCCCCUGGUGCUUCUACCACCGCACCGUGGAGGAAGCUCCGCGCACCCGCAUCGCCGCGCAGCGAGCGCUAAAUAAGUAA